AGAGUACGCCAUAGCGGGUUUUUCAGUGCGAGGAGGGAAAUGGACGUGGUGGGCGACAUGGCGGCGCGUGAGGGGUUGACGGAGACCGAGAAGUGUUUGCUGGUCACUGUCCUGAUGGCGGUAUGCGAACACGUGCAAACAACAGGGGAGGCGCGUCUGCGGUUUCUCCGGCGAAUGCGGCGGCAGACGGAGGUGGCCAUGACGAGGGCGAUGGCUGACUCGGGCGCGCCGCCUGUUUCGUGGGACGCGCCUUUUCUCAUGGCCAAUGCCAUCGCCGGCGUGCUUCCGCGGGAGAGUCCACGGUGGUGGGUAAGAAGGAGGACCGGAGGAACGUGGGAGGACCUCAGCAUAUCAGACGAUGCAACGACGGAUUACUACCAUGAGAAGCCACGAAUGACGAAGGAGGUCUUCGAGGACAUCGUCGCGGCAUGCACACCCUUUCUUCAUCGGCAGGUCACGCACUAUCGUCAACCACUCCAGCCCGACCAUAUUGUUGCUUACGCGUUGUAUAGAUGGGCUUCGGGAGAGACCUUCGACAACGGGACUUGUUCGUUCGGCAUCGGGAGAGCAACCGGCAUCAAGGCUGUCAGGGAUGUGACGGACGCAAUCUUGGCGGCGUACCCGGACAUUAUAGCGAUGCCCAUCGGUCGACGCCAGCGGCAGGUGAAACGUGCUUUCGGAGCGAAAGGGUUCCCUAACUGCUUCGGGGCCAUAGACUACACACAUGUAUACGUGGACAAGCCCGCGAACGCGCCGGCCGAGGAUUACUUCGACCGGAAGCAGCAGUACUCCAUCGUCGCGCAGGUCAUCGUGGAUCUUGACAAGCGUGUGCUAGACGUUUUCUGCGGCUAUCCGCGUAGCGUGCAUGAUGCAAGAGUGUUGUGGAACUCGUCACUGUACAGGCGUGCUACGGCGGGGACUCUAUUCAACGCAGAACCUGCGAUCUUGCCCGGAGGGGUUCUCACAACCGGCUAUCUACUGGGGGACAACGGUUAUGGGCCCAUGAAAUGUAUCGUCGUCCCGUACGGUGGGGUGGAGCAGGUGCCGGAUGUGGCGUUGUUUGACGCAAAACAGAAGCCGGUCAGAGGAGUGGUGGAAAGGGCUUUUGGCCGUUUGAAAGGAAUGUGGAGACUGUUCCUGCGACACCAUAAGACGAACAUGGAUAACAUGCCGCAGCAGUUCACUGCUGUUUGCAUCCUCCAUAACCUGCUGAUAAACGCUGGUGUUGACUUCGAUGAGAGGCUGCUGAUGGAGCGGGAUGCAGACGGGAAUGAACGGCCGAUAGAUCUUGGAAUGUAUCCACCGGCGGCGCCUGUUGCACAGCGAAACGCCGAUCCUGAAGCUCUCGCUCUCAGAGAUGCUCUCCGCGCGUGCAUCUCGCUGUUGCCCCGCUGACAGCCGUGAGAGAGAGAGAGAGAGAGAGAGAGAGAGAGAG